AUUUUUGCCUAGCUCAUUUACAACAGGACACCCUAUAUAUACACAAUUCCAAGCAAUGACGAUUUCUAUCUUAGAUAACACAAAAAAGAGACGUAUUGUUUUUCUCUUCAUCAAUUUAUCUCCAAUCAGAUGGGAAAAAAUUGUUGUGUACACUUUAUUGCAAAGAUAAUUGCUUUCACUUACCGCGGAGUUGGCGUAAAAAAAAUGUCGCGCAGCGAAAAGGUUUGAGGACGCUAAAGUAGCUCACGUUCGUCAGUAUCGAUAGGACUCCACGUCGGAUGCAAUUUUUCACCGCACCACAAACACUGCAACGUUUGUCAGGUGUUGUUGAUUUGUUCGCAGUUGGACGUUUGCUCGAGGUAGUCGUUGAAUUGAAUACACGAUAUCAUUAUAGGCAGAACGAAAGACUGAGAGAUAGAAGAGGGAUGUGAGGCGGUGUGAAUGAGAGAAUGGAAACGAUGAGAGAGAAUCUGUUUGGCAUUCCAUGUAUCCAUAGUUUCCGUCAGGCGCGUUUCUCAUUUCUGUUUAAUUUCGUUUCUUCUUCCCUCGUGUCUAUCCCCUCCCGCGACUUGUUCAGGCCACCCUGUCGGAGGAAGCUAAGGAAGUGUACAACAGCUUGGUCGAGACGCCGACGAUGGAGAGCACCGGCGACACGAAUCCCCUGCGUAUGCUGCGCUCGGGCCUGCCGAUUGUGAGGCCUCGUAUUCGCGGCAACAAGCAUGCCACCCUAGGCCACCCGGUGUCGCAGUCGCAGUCAGAGGACGCGCCCAACGAGCACGGUUUCCACUUCGAGAUGCAUCACAGUGGUGCCAGGACCUUGCCGAAGGUGCGAGCACCUCCGCCGCCGCACGCACCACCGCCGUUGCCGCAAUCCCGUAGUCUUGAGAGGCAUCAUUCCGCCCAGGAGAUCGAGAACAAUCAAAAUCAGAACAACGUCGACGAGAAUCCGAUACCUCUGCCGCCUCGAGACCGCUCCAAGUCGCUGCAGGCUAAGUCAAGCUUGCCGCGACAUCAGAGGAAACAUCCGUUGAUCAUUCCCGGCGGUGGUGUCACCAGGACGCUGGCGAAGAUGGCCGUGACAACGCCGCCUAUCGAGGAUCAGGUGGACGGACAUUUCGUUUUACAGAAUGCCAGCUCGUCGGCUGUUGGCACUUCGUUGCAGGAUAGCUACUCUCCAGAAGCUUCAGCUAACAGUCCGGAAGAGUUUGAGCAACGUAUAGACUCCGAGCUGGCCGCGCUAGAUUCCUUACCUGUCGAAGAGAACCGGCUGCGACGGUGUAGCGUGAUUUCGGAGGACCUGCUGGAAUUCUCGGAGAACCUGAUCGACUGCGGCGAUGCUUCGAAUACACGGCAGAACGUCUCGGAAACCAGCAACGACGGCCAGUCAAGCAACUCGUCGAACGUGACCGACAAUCUACGCAGGAAGAUCAGCGUUGAGUCGAAGAGUUCCGUGAGGAGCAACACGUCCAAGGCGCAGGAGACUACGGAAGCAGACGUGAGUCAGAAUCCAACACCGGCUGGUAGUUCUAGCAAACCGGAAGACUGGAGUAAGAUCGAUCCGUUGGCUCCCAUCGCGAUGAGAAAUCCACCCGCGAGAAUCCCUCUGAUGCAUCAGUCUGGCCCGCUGAACUAUGCGUCGCAAGUGGAUCACCACGCGCACGCGGAGGAUGUCCCGAGCAAGCCCGAGACGACGGUCCAAUGCGAGGAACCGUUGGUGCAGAUCGAUCCGAACGACGAUUUCCAUCAGACCGCUCAUCCGAAGGCAUAUUUCCUGCCCAACGAGAAGACAAGUCGCGCGAGCGACUUGUCACGCCAAUCAGACCAUGUCUCUUGCGAAGAUCUGUUGGAGUUCGCCUGCGACGGACCGAACACGCGUAGGACCCGCGGGCCUCGCAACGGCGAGCAGUCUGACGAGGUGCGGAUCAUGCUGAAAGUGUUGCACGAGCAAUCGACUCCGGAAUCCUGCAUCGCUGCGCUCAACGUUACUCAGUGGGAUGUGCUGGCCGCGAUUAAGCUGGAGCGAUUGCAAGGUUUGCUGAAGAAGGAGAACAGCUUCGUAGGUCUCGAGGAUUGCAAAGUGAUGUUGAACCAAUGCGGCGGUGACGUCGUCAAGGCAGCCGCGCUCUUGCGCAGCACCGAGGACACCGCGGCGGUUUAGUGUGUUUUCUACAAUCGAUUCUGUUGCUUUCGAUAGAUGCUUCUGACGGUGGCUUGGAAGAGCGAAACUGUUCCGUAAUCGAUCCGAAAUGAAUACUCGACGGGGGGGAAACAAUCUAGCGCGAACUUCGGACUUCAGUGAGAAGAGAGACUGCGCACAACGGCAAGUUCGAGCCAUAUACAGUUUUCUAGUUUUUUUCACAGUAUGCUUCCUUAAAGCGAUUCUAUUUAAGAUUCUUGAUGAGACCAUUUGUAAGAUUUUUACGUGUAAUACGUGUAGAAAUGUAGAUGAGAAUUUAACGAACGUUUAUUUAUUGUCUUAACGUUAUUAAGGCGACGAAAAUGUUUGAUAUAUGCUUUAUGUUAUCUAGUUGAAGGAUUGCAAAAUUAGCUUACUUGAUACGCCCUUUUUCAAGAGGAUGGCAGAACGAACUAGCUCUUUAUUUAACUUGCCAAGCAAGUUCACCUAAUCGAUUGUAUCUCUUUUAUCUAUGAACGUAAUGUGAUAAUUCGCACAAUAAGAAUCACAAAUCUCUAACGACGAAAAAGAUGUAAUUGAGUUUCUUUUUUUUCUUUUCUUUUCUUUUUUUUUUUUAAUUUGUAAAACCAUACAAUUUUCCAGCAAUGCGUAAACAAGAGAGUUUGGUUAUGAAUAGAAAUUUUUACAGAUCUGAAAUAAUGCUUGUGUCCACUUUAUUUACGGUUCGUGCUGUAAGGUGUAGAUUUUUACCUCGCGUAUUUACAUAGUUCGUGGAAGCACGUCAUUUUAUAUUUCGAAAGUAAUAUGCGAUUAUGUGGUGUUUUAUACGAGACAAUCAUUUAAUAAUAUUUACACGCGUUCGGAAUCAGUGCUCAAUGACGUCAAUAUCAAAGCAGUAAAGCUACGUUCUAGCGAUAGGCAAAUUCGUAAAAGCGAUCUUGUAUGGAUCGUCUACUUGCCGCACACGUUAUGUUAUUUUCUAAUUGUAAUAAGUGGUAAUAUCCGGCCCUCUCCAAAGACUACGUGUCAUUCGUUCGAUGUCAUCUCAAUGUUCACAAGUGGAUAUCACAGAAUCAUCGCAUUCACCAAAUUGUAUAUUUUCUAGCCCAUUUCCAGCCGAACGAUAUAACAGUUUUUUAAACAAGGAUCUGCAAUUAUGAUCGAACAAUCGCGGUGGAUCCUGUUAAUUAAUAAGAAAGAUUGGAUAACGUGGGCUCGCUAUGACAAGGCUCUAAUCGACAUUUCGAGAACUCUGUGAAGAACAAUUUUGAAAUGUUAUAACUUGUAUACACUUGUUGGUAUUUGCUAACAUUUUAACUGGAGAAACGAACGCAAUAACGUUCAUUUAGUAGCCGACUAGAGCCUUACCACUCGAUGUUUCCAGUAAUAAGUAUUUGCAUAACAAUAUCGUAUGCUUUACGUCGUAAGCUUUACGAAAUUUUUAUCGAAACCAGGCAUACAUGAAAGAAGGAAAGAAAACAAUCUGCCCACCACAGUAUUUUAUUAUAUCUUCAGAUCUUAAGACACGCGUAAAAUGAAAGUUUCAGACGUGCGAAGUAUUGUACCUCGUUGUAAAAAGAAAGAGAUAUUCUUUGUAAUUUAAGGUAAUAGAUUUGAGUAAGCACCAAAUAUUUCGCGAAUUCUAUGUGUUCAGUAAGAUUACUUUUACGACCCGAAACGUACUACCCAUCGUAAGUUGUGGCCCGCGUUCUCCCCGUACGUUUAAAUGCUAAACACGGCUAGUUGACUCCGAGUUUUGAUAUACCGUUUGAUAUCAGCGUCGCAUCCAAUAUAAAUUUUAGACGAGAGUCAGGUAGCCGGAGUUAGCGUGAAAUGUACGAAAAGCACAUGGUCACAGCGGAUCUGUAUCUUUAAGUUAUGAUAUGUAAAAAACCAGUUAUAAAACGUGACUGAGAGACGUAAACGGUGGCUUUAAAGGGGCUACUCCAAGUCUGGUACGAUAAGAUUAUCCUUUUCUACGGUCGGAAGAACAAACACAGAGUGCGUAUCAUUUUUCAUCCGUAAAAAUCCUUAGGUUAAUAUACACAGAAGCAAUAGGGAAACGAGACGCAAAACUGAUGACUGACCGCGGAUGCAAGUGCACAUUGCGGCUAUAAAUCGAUUAUUCGUAGUCUGAUACAGUUCCUGUUGAGUUACAUUAACGCUGUAGUAAUCUAUCAUCGUUGAAGCGCGCGGGAGAGAUGACUGUGCGACAAACGGGAAACGAAGUUUAAUCGGGCAAAUUAUAUCUUAUCGCUAUCGGAUUUCGUUCGGUGUGUAUGUUUCGUAUGUAUGCGUACAUGCGUGCGAGAGUGCGUGUGUGUAAUGUCUCGAAAUUGUAAGUACGUAUCUAUAUAUUUAUAUGUAUACGUUGAGCAGAAUCACGCUCUACGGUAUGCUUUCUCCUUAUACGCGCUAUGCAUGCAAAAGUGCGGAUAAGGCAAAGAAUUUCUAAAAUUUUUACAACUAAACUGAUCAAAUUCUAAAGCUACUUCCAAAAUAUAGUACGCGAUUGUAACGUACGGAUCGUUAUUUCUGGAUUAUUAUUUUUCUACAAUUAUUUCUAAAUUGACUGUAGCCCCCGGCGAAGGUUAAGAAGCAAAAUGUGUAACGCGCAUUAUUUUUGUACCGUAACAUCUUCGUUCGUCAUUUUUACCGAGUAAUUUUUAUAGCGUCGCGAUACUUUGAGAACUUGAACGAUACUAGUGUGUCAAUUCGGAGACGUUGGAAUUCGAUCGAUCCUCGUAAAACGAGUAAAAGGAUUCCACAUUUUCAUCGUACACGCGGACCAGCAUAAUGGCUUUAACAUUUAGUUAAUAAUUAGAUUAUUGAUAUUUUCCAAUUUUGUACACAUUGUUUCUGGAUGUUAUAAGGUAAAGCUAUUAAUAGUCACAGAUCACGGCUUUAACAUAUCGUUCCUGAUCUUCUUCGAGUAAUCAGUAACUAAACAUAAAUUAAUUAUGUACAUGUACUAUUAAGAAUUUUCUAUUUAGAAUUCUCUUCAAUUCUAGUAUCCUCUCUAAUUGCACGACGACUAUUGAGGCUAUUAUGGCAGUUUGCGCACAGUUUACGACGACUGUAGGAGACGACUAAUUAACGAAGAAGAACCGUGAUCAAAAAUUGUAUGUUGGUUAGCACGAAAAAAAACCAAACUUUGCUCAUUGUUGCUGCGCGCGCCAGGAGGAGAGCUGGGAGCGGUUUGAAAAGGCGAAAACGCGUGUUUGGCGAGCGUGCUUUCGUUCGCGUCGUUCAACGAAGCCAAAUAGGAGCCGAUGAAACCCGCCUAAGUAACUCGAUGUUACUUACCGUUAGCCUCGUAAGAUAAGCGAUCGUAAUAACGUGUGUAUGUGUGUGUGUGUGUGUGUGUGUGUGUGUGUGUGUGUGUGGUGCAUCCCCGCGAUGCGCGCGUUCGAGUAGCCAAUGUACUUAUACACGUCCGAUCCGUGUUUCGGCGUUAUUUUCUACGGAUCUAUUAUCAUUAUGAUUUAUUUAUACGAAAUCUCAGUUGUAUGAAAACCGUUUGACGGGAAAAUACGCGCGAGGAUAGAUAAGAAUGUCAAGCUUUGCAAAAGGAUCGCAUACACUAUGGGAACGAUUAUGAAAAUAAUAAUAAUAAUAAUAAUAACAACAAUAAUGAUAAGAAUAAUCAUAACACAAUAAUAAUAACAAUAAUAACAACAAUAAUAAUAAUUAGGAUUAAGCUCAAGCCAUACCUAUUUCUCUCGCAGGCAAAGGAGAGAGAGAGCGAGAGAGAGAGAGAGAGAGAGAGAGAGAGAGACGCAUCUCGCGAAAUGCGUAUGACACAAGUGGCUGAUAAUUUUUUUAAUGUACGUUGAAUUUUUCGCUACGUCCGAAAUCAUUUCUGCGAUAGAAUCAUCACGUCGCGUCAGCAUCUCGGGACUGAAGCAAGUAAAAUAUCACACUCUCUGUAGGUAUAAGGAAAACAUAUUAUGUCGCGAUGUAUUUUAAUAGCAAGUAGAUAUACAGAGCCGUUAUCUCUCGUGAAGAAAAACUGCAUCCAUCUACUCACUAUUAAGAUCUUUCCUUUAUUUAUUUAUCUAUAUUAAGGCAUUGUGUCUCGCACGUUUAAUUAAUAAACGAAUGACUGAAUAAAUAGAGAUAUCAUUAAUUAAAGAACUCGGAGCACGAGUAAGGUAAAUGCGAUUGCGAUGCGAUGUAAUGAUUUUACAGAGAAGCUGUCGUACAAACGACCUGCGCCUAAUCCUUUCAGCGGGAGAAUUCAGCGUACAUUAGAAAGACACGACUGGCCGGUAAAAUUGGGUUCGAGAGCAAACGCGUCUGAUUUUCCCCGCUCGACUAUAGAGAAUAAGUCCAUCCUGUAACCAUUUUGAUACGCGAUUUUCUUUGUAAGGCAAACACGUUUAUACGUCUCUAUAUAUUAUUACGCGCGGAACUACAAAGAAUGUUUUUUAUAUCUGCUGUAUUUACGAUAAUAUAUAUACACAUUCAUAAAUCA